UAAAUAUCGGUCGAUAAAUAUCGGAUUCUAAAAUAAAAAGAAAAAUAAAAAUAUAUAAAAUUAUUGUUGCAUGCAAUACUAUAUAAAUUCCAUUCUUUCGUACGACCCUUUUAAAACACGAAUUUCAUUUUCUCUCUCCCUUUUGUUUCGCAAGAUGUGACAUCUUCACUUUAUUCGGCGACAGUUUAUACGAAAGGAUUCCCUUCUCGUUCCAAUACGAAAUUCCCAGUUAAUUCCCACCGUUGUAAAUCGUUCCACUGCCCGAAAGGAAGAUAAGAAAGAUAAGAAAAUGCAUCGGCCAGAUUACAUCAUUCCCUGGGUGGAAAUGCGGGCGAGAGACGAGAACAUUCGAAAAGCAUUCAAGUGUUAUCCCGUGUUGGAACCGUUCGCUCCGCGACACUCGAUCUCUUAUUUUAACAAUAAUAAAGAGGACAGCACCGGAUGGGCAUACGAGCGUCUUCAUAAAGUGGACGGUUUCGAUCCCGGCAAGCCGCGAUGCGAUCGUAUCAAGCAGAGUCUUAUUUGGCUGGAAAUCUCGAGGGAGAACAAAGGUCUCAAGAUCCCGCUGAUUACCAGUCACUCGUACGGCAGGCCGAACAGGGUUCAAAUAGAUGUCCCUGACAAGAGGUAUCAUCGAUGCAGCAAACUGAAAGAAUUUUAUUCCCGCUGCGGAUUUGAAUUAACCACCGGUGAUGAGAAGAAAGAGGAGAACCCGGUUUGUCUCCAUUAAAACGUGCCUAUUCGUUUUCCACGUUUUCUCUCUCUAUAAUUUAACCAUCGAUUUGUUAUUCGAUUCGAAUUUAAAUGGCGAUAUAUAAGUAAGAACGAAAUAAUUAUAUUAUCAUUCAUCUUCGAAAUUUUCGUAUAUUUAU